GAAGGAGUUGGGUUGCAGUUGGUUGUUCGAACCACAACUUGAUGGUAGAGAGAGGUUUAACUGUUCAUAUAUUCCCAGAUCACAAAAAGAAACCUGAAAAAUGAUAGCGAGGCCAUGAAACUCGUGAACGCUGAUUGGAGUGCUUGGGCACCUGAUGGAAAAUAUGUUUACAUAUGAUCAACAUAUUAAUAUUGUAACACCUGAUGUAUAAUGAUUAUUGAAACAGAAUUAUAAUUUGAAAUAUUUGUACUUUUUCUAUGGUCCCAUAUGUUUGUAGAAGUUAUCGUACAUCAUACAAGUCAUGGGACGACAUCUUUGUUUUGUGAAGAAAGGACGCCAGGAUACAUCAAUUUAUGUUUUUACGAAACCCAAGGAAACGCCAAGAAUGCGAAUCCUACUACUCUGCCCCCAGCCCCAACCUUGCCAUCAUUGAGAACUCGAAGGCGAUCUAACAAGACUUUACGAACAAGCUGGGUACCAUCCACUCUUGGCAGGCAAUUGAAGAUGGAAUACUUAGGGUUGAGGCUUCUCUCUAGGCAAGUGAGGCCAGAAGCACCUGAGCCCCCCAGUCUUCAACGGAAUGAUACUGACAACUUGUCCAGGACCAGCAGGACAAGUGGGCCGCAUUCGGAACCUCCAAGACUAUUUCUGCCCAGAAUGCAACCGGCUCGAAUGUUCGCAGGAGAGCGAGAUGGAUGAGAUGGACAACUUGUCCAGGAGGAGAUAGUAGAGGUUCUGAACAGUCAAAAUAUCUUGUCCAACUGGUCUUCGCAUAAAUUGAGGUCAAGUUUGAAUCUGUGAGUUGCCACUUCAGACUCUAAGGCAGCCCUUAUGAAAUACAUUAUGGGAUUCUCCACAAUUGGCACAUGGACAUGACAGUGCAGUGCAGUUUCAUCGAUCAUAACCAGGUUGGGCACACAGAGGGCAUCGGGUCCUGGAAGGGGAGUGUUUGGCAAAAUGGCCUAGACACAAACAAUUCUGACAUUGACAGAGUGGAGGUUGAUAUGGUAUACAGGGAAGGAUUAUCCACCAAUGUAAACCUUAAAGGUAAGGUGAAAUCAUGUUUAUGGAAAAUAAUCUUGGGCUAUUGAUGGUGGACUUACAAUGGCCUCUAUGGGGAAUGAUGUAUCAUUGUACUGACACCAUAUCAUAGUCCAUGAGUAAGUAUUCUCCACAAUCUGACCUAUCCUUGUCUUUCUUGUAUUUUUCCUUCAAACAAGGACUCAUGCAAGGUUUCACACUCACUCUUCCCAUACAUCUUCAAACCAACCAUCAGGUAUUAUAGGUAAGUGAUCACCUAUGUCAGCACCUUCUUUCAUGCAAAAUUGUACCUGCAUUAUCUAAAUACAGUUAUUAAGCAAACUGUCCUCCUCACCUCACCCACAGUUAUGUUUCCUGUCGGGUCUCUGAUGAUAUUUAUUAAGUUUGAUAGCUUGAUAUAGUUUUGAUAUCCCCCUCUUGUUGAUAAGAUGUCAACUUUGUUGUGUCAUUCUAGGCAUUUAUAGGAUCCACCCGACAUUAACAAUUAACUAGUAUUCCUUGACUUUGAAUUUCCUGUUUUAUUAGCAAGAUAGAGAGAAAUAGACACCACCUUCUUAUAGAGCAUAAGAAAGAGAGCCAUGAACAACACAGGUACAGCUGCAGUAGCCUCAUAUUUACUGUUAAAGGACAAAAACACCUGCUGCAUAUCAAUUGCUCAGAGACAAAGUCCACAACACAGAAUUCUGUUUUCUAUAAUGAUAAUAAUCAUAAAA